AUGGGCUCAGGUAAGGUGUUUCUAGCCCGGAACAAGGCGUUGUUGACUGACACAAAGAAGGGCAAACGACCGAGUCCGCAGGAAAUCCUCAAAUUGCGCCUCGCUCUGCACCAGCCUGCCAUGAACGAUGUCCACCAGCACCUACUUGACAUCUCUACGCCUGAUCAUCCAUCCUACGGUCGGCAUCUGGAGAAACAUGAACUGGACGACCUGCUGCGACCAGCGAGCGACACAGUUACCGCAGUCACACACUGGCUCGCGUGUGAAGGCAUUCUGGAAACAAACAUCACAUAUCAAGGAUCCUGGAUCACAUUCAACGCUUCAGUCUCCCAAGCUGAGAGUCUUCUGGGCACAAAGUUUCAUGAGUACCACAAUGGUGAAACAACUUUGAUUCGUACCUUGCAAUACUCAGUCCCGACACGUCUGUGGCCACUGAUCGCAACAAUCCAACCCACCACCCGGUUUGGUCUACCAAGAGCACAAGCUAGCUUUAUGCUGGAAACCAGAGACAAUCCUGAUCCUGGAUUAGUCUCGCCAUUUGGCGACCCUGACCUUCUGACGACCUAUAAUGCCACCUUUUGCAAUAGCACCAUCACCCCGGAAUGCAUUAGAGGCAUCUAUAGGAUGACUGAUUUUCAGGCCGAUCCCAAGGCAAAGACGAAACUUGGUGUCUCUGGCUUCAUCGAAGAAGGAGUGUAUUUUGACGACCUUGAAGAUUUUCUUAAGCUCACGGGUGCCAGUAAUCAGGCUCAUGACUUCUCCAUCGUCCCGAUCAACAAUGGAGUCAGCGACCAGAAAGGAGUGAACAAGACUGCUGAGGGUAAUCUCGACGUGCAAUACUCCGUGGCCCUGGCUCGAGGGACACCGGUAGUCUACUACUCAACCGCCGGACGCGCCCCAAUGCUCGCAGAUCUCGACCAGCCGACGCCUUCUCUGAACGGCAGCAACGAGCCAUAUCUUGAUCAACUCCACUUCUUGUUGGGUCUCAACAGCUCAGACCUUCCCGAUGUUCUCACCACCUCGUACGCUGAGGACGAGCAGACGGUACCUUUCGACUGGGCGAGGGAAGUAUGCCUUGCAUUUUCCUUCCUCGGUCUACGUGGAGUCUCUGUGAUCUUCGCUUCAGGUGAUACUGGUGUUGGUAGCGCGUGUCAAUCGAACGACGGAAAGAAAACACCACGCUUCACACCGAAUUUUCCAGCGACAUGCCCCUAUGUAACGGCCGUGGGAGGGACUUAUGCUGUGAAUCCAGAGAUCGCAGCUGCUUUCUCCUCAGGAGGGUUUUCCAACUACUUCGCAGCACCAUCUUACCAGGUCAACAUCACAAAGGCCUACCUUUCCAGGUUGGGUAAUCAGAACAAAGGGUAUUUCAACGCCUCUGGGCGAGGCUACCCCGAUGUCUCGGCGCAAUCCGUGCGCUAUCUGAUCGAGAACCAAGAUCGUGCAGAAUUUUUGUACGGAACAUCCUGCGCGGCGCCAACUUUUGCAGCUAUUAUAUCCAAUUUGAACAACAAACGUCUGGCGCAGGGGAAGGGAAAACUCGGCUUCUUGAACCCUUGGCUAUAUUCGCAGGGCUACCAAGCCUUCAACGACAUCACGCUGGGACGUUCUCGUGGAUGCUCAGGUCAAGACAUGUACACUGGUCAGCCAGCGCCGAAGAUUGCGGAUGCCGGGUGGGACGCGGCCCCAGGAUGGGAUCCAGUUACAGGUUGGGGUACCCCAGACUUUCAGAAGCUUUCAAAUAUGAUGGCUUCGUGA